GAAUUUAGCUUUGUUUGUUUGAAACUCUUCUCCCUAAUCUCAUACGCCGCCAUGUUGGGAGUCUUUUGGUGACUCUUCUUUUCGUUUACCCUCCACUGUCGCUGUCAAGCUUAGACUCCAUUUUCAUCUUCUUCUUUGUUUUUUCGACUUUUAAACUCCACAUUCACCUUCUAAUUUGACCCAAGUUUCAUUUUUUUUUUCAACUAGAGUUGCAUUUUCCCUCUUCACCUUUAAAUCCUCUUUGCAAAACUUCCCAGUUUUCAGAGGGUUUUAGCUGAAUUCUCUACAUGUUAUUGGGGUUUCAUUUAUUUGACUCUCAAAUUGCAAACUUGGGUUUUACUUCAAAAUUUUGCUCUCAGUAGUUAUCUUUCCUUACAUCUUAGCCUCUGUUUCUCUCAGAAACUGCAGAUUCAAAAACCAAAAAAACCAAAACAAAUGGGAAGUGGUAAAUUGGGUGAUUCAGGUAUGAUUGCGAUCACGGCUAAGAUCAUGAUGGCUGUCAUCGUAUUUCUCUUCUUUGUGGUGGUCUUGGUAUUCUUCCUUCACAUAUACGCCAAAUUUUUCACAAGCUAUCGGCAAGAAGAAGACGGCAACCCGAACGACGGCACAAGGCGCCGUCGCCGUCGCCGUCGCCGGGUCGACUUUGCUGGCGGUUAUCAAGAAGUGAAUGCACUCCGGAGAGGCCUUGAUCCUUCCAUCCUUAAAACCAUACCCGUAAUUCCAUUUAAUACCAAGGAUUUCAAAGAUGGAUUGGAAUGCUCCGUUUGUCUUAGCGAAGUCUCUGAAGGUGAAAAGGCGAGACUUUUGCCUAAAUGCAAUCAUGGGUUUCAUGUCGAUUGCAUUGAUAUGUGGUUACAAUCUCAUAUCACUUGUCCUUUAUGCCGAAGCCCUGUUUCAGAAAUGUCCUCUCCAAAAUCCACCAUUGCAGAAUCAAAUUCCGAGGCCAUUAGGAUACCAGUAGAAGAAGGCUCAGCAGCUUCCACAGAGACACCAAAUUUACCAACUAAUGUUCUGUUCUGGGGAGAUGAAACUACUACAUCAUCAGCAUCCACAAGCAAUAGGCCAGACGGGGUUUUGAUGAUUGAUAUUCCUAGACAGAAUAGUGAAGAAGCAGAAGAAGAACAGAAAACACCAACACCGACACGAUUGAGAUCUUUGACGAGGCUUUUUAGCAGUUUGAAUCCUCGCAGUCCCAGAAAUGUAGAUGUAGAACAAGGAAGCAGGGGCCAGAACUAGAGAUUGCUGCAUCUCUGGAAUUUGGAGAAGAGCGGAAUCUUAGGAACUAUAAUUUAUUUCUAGGUUUAAGCUAAUUGAUUAAUUGAUUGGUUGGUUCUUGAUGCAGAUGAGAAGUUGUCUGCAAUCUUUAGAUGUCUAUGUAUAUGUAAAAUACUAGAUUGUAUACGUGUUAAACACAUUGCAAAAGGCCAAAGGCCAAGGGGCUUCUCUGUUUGAGAAUUGAGGGGAAUCUAUCUUCUCUUACAGGAGUAUUAGGAAUUCUUUUUGUUAUUAAUGUGAAUGUUCACUAUUGUAUGACUUCUACAAUUCAUUGUAAAUCUAUAUUACAGCUUACUCUAAAUAUUAUGUAAGCGUUUGGACAAUAUUUGGUUGAAAUUUAAGAA